AUGGAGGCAGUACACGAGAUCGAGAAAGACCGCCGCUGUCUGUGUCGCGACCAUGAAUGCGGCAACAGGAGCAAGUUAGAUCAUCUUGCUGAUGCGGCCGACCAAGGCGAGGAUCUCGAUGCGAUCUUGGGGAUCGCGGGGGAGGCCGAAGACGAAGUCCAUGCUAACGGAUGA